GAAAACAAUAUUAAAAUGGUAUAAGUCAAAGAAGAAGCGUUACCGUGGGUUUAAUGUGGAUAGGAAACAUCUCUUAUGUAACUUACCAGGCCGGUCAGUUGGCGAUACCGUGAGCAAAAGUUCAGCCAAUGCAGUAGUGUUCAGUACAAUCAGUCACAGAGCGCUAAAACACUAUGAGCUUAACGUGCAAACCUAAGUGCAAAAAAGCGCAAGCUGUCGUCUGUAUAGUGAUAAACGUCGUCCUAACGUUAAAUUUUCUGGUGCUUAUAACAAUCUGGGCGUUUGUAAGAGCAUCUUUUCCUAGUCUACAUGAAAGCUCAACGUGUAUUCCUUGCGACAAAGUGGCGUCCAAGGCUAACAAAAACUCAGGCCAAGAAAGAGCUUAUUCAGCUAUCCAAAUGAGAGAAGAUGGGUUGUGUUGUGGACCAGUAAAACAAAUGGCUUGGAUGGUGUUUCUGAAGGAAAUGGCUACGCAGUACUACGAUUACAGGCAAAACGGUCAAAGUCUGCUUGACAUAUUAGACGAAUCUUUACUUGCCGACUGUGAAAGAGAAACAAACAACAAACAACCCUUUUCGAAAGUUGUCGGAAUUGUAGAUUUCACUCCUAGCUACAUAGUUGACGGUCACCACAAGCUCCUGUGGAAUAAAAACGGUCGAACAUUUUACUCAAACAAUUGCGUUCACUUGGAACUAGAAGGCGAAAUAUUUGUCCGGCAACCUGGCUACUACAUGGUUUCUUCGCAGCUGAAUCUACGGAGACGAAUGGAGACAAGCACAACUAUCAAUGAAACAAGACCAACGACUUUUGUUCAUCAUGUUGAUCUCCUUUCACACAAAUAUGGCACAACGGGGGUGUUGAUGCAAACCAAAAAAUCAAUUGAAGGAAAGUGUGUAUACCACACAAGUUUCCUGUCAGCGAUAUUCAAGCUGAACAAGAAUGACAGGCUCUCUGUGUCUGUUUCGCACCCUGAAUUGUUAGACAUUGACAAUCCCAAUGAUCAUUUCCUGGUUUAUUACACUUAUGAUCUACCACUAUAAAAUACGAUUCAACUACGUAUUGCUUAAAGUGACACUCUUAUUCAAAAUCAGACAAACACAUGAAUAACAAACAUAACAUUUUGACUCAUAAACCUUUAACUACUUACUAAAUAAUUCAUCAAUGGAAAAUAUUAAUUACUGAUAACAAGACUUUAACCGUGUAUUUAAUAGCUGAAAACGCACAAAUAUUAAAUGAUUGGUGAAUGCUAAACGAUUUACUGUGAUCAGCUAUAGUCUCAUAAGGUAGAAAACUAUUUUUAAGUACAUUCCUCUCAAUUUAAACUCGGUAUCCUUCAUAAAAAAACAACAUUGUUUUCCACAUGUAUUCAUCCUUUUUGGAGUAUGAAAACAAUUUUAUUAUUUUUCGUAAAUCUUACUGGGAGUAAGAGUGCAUCUUUAAAUAUAAUAUAUAUAAGUUUCAGGAAUAAGGAUAUUUUUGAUUUACAGUGUAUUGAGCAUGUCACCUACUUAAAAGAAUCACAAACAUCUUACGUCCGUAACAAUGAAUACCUUAAAUAAGAAUACAGUUAAAUAUGUUUCGAAAGUAAAUCACUGGACUCUCAACAAUCAAAUCCCAUUAAUAACAAUGUUAACGACAAUCUCAGUAGCCAAACAUUCAAGCAAAUACAUGUUAACAGCCACAGGGAUAACACCCAUUUAACACUUUACGAGAGACGACACGUACAAUUUACACGGACAGACCACAUCUGCAUCAAACUAAUCGUAUGUGUGCGAAAAAGAUCGAUUCUUAAUCGAAUAUCUAGGACUCUAGCAUUAUGACAGAGGUUCAACCAUUAUGUCAGAGGUUUUUGAAACCCGUGUCCAUAGCCAGGAAAAAGAGACAAACCUGUAAUCUUAAACUCAGAAAUUUAUUUUUUAUUAAAACUAAAAUAAACACCAUUUAUUACAAAUAAAUAAAUUCAUUAAAUCAUAAUGAUAACAAAUAGGAUAUAAAGUUUAAUUGACAACGUAUAGGAAGGCCAAGAAAUUAGUAAUAAAGGAAUGAUUAUUAUCAGCAUUAUUAAGGUAAAUAGAAAUGAUAUUAUACCAAGAAAAUUAACAAAUAUAAUUAUGGUAAUCAUUAUCAAGAUUGUAUAGUUCAAUUAGAAGUAACAAUUGAUAAAUUAAAUCUUAACAAACACACGCAAAUAAAAAGCACAACAGCACACACGCCUUCAUAAAUAUAAACUCAUAUCUAUAAUAUUCAAUCCAACAAUUCAUUCUACAUAUUAUCGGAGCACACUUGUUUAUAUACAACCAAAGUCCAAGGGUCGAAAGUUUUUAAUUUUAUAUAAGUAAAAACAAAAUGUUUUGUUUAAGAUUUUUUAAUUAUAUUAUUUUACAAUGUAUGUUAAAAAUAUUCAUUUAAAUGAUCCUGCAAGUGUCUGUUGAAAGUGUUGAGUUCAAUCGAUUGAUCAAUAUCAUGUUAUUUCUAUUAGCUUUUGCUACACAUUUCAAACAUUACUAUCAAGAUGAUAAUUAAAACUAAUACUAUUUUUUAACCAAACACUUUUUUCUGGAAUGAUGAUUCAAAUCACGCAAACAAACAUGAAUUCAUAAGUCCCCAACAAAGCGUUACAGGACAAGUCUUAGGUACUACUUAAUACUACAUUGAACACUAUUUUGAGGAUGACCUGAUUAAAUUAAUGUAAUAUGAAUAUACUUUAAGAAUGAGAAUGAUUACCAUAUUGUAAGGGGAAUGAAGGAAUUUGGAUGAUAACUUGAUGUAAGUGUUCUGGUAAAAGUGUUAAUAUUCAGAAGCAUUAUGUUGAUUGAAUGAAUUUUUAAGUAUAUGAUAAAUAAUCUAAAAACAAAUAAUUAAGCAAAUUUUACUUUGAAACAAAUCACAGCACAGCAACCACAGGGACAAACCCAUUAGUCAAUACUACAAUGCAAACUAGUAGGACACCGCAGUAGUAAAGCAUUCAAAUGUAAACUGUCUAGAGACACAAGGCAAUGGCCAAAAAUUAAUUGAACUUAAGACACAGACGUACAAGCACCGCAUACAAACAUACAAACAUUUCUAUCAGAUCACACAUUCAUACAAAUAGCUUCAUCGAAAAAAGAUGGGAUUAUAGCUUUGAAUAGCUCAGUGAAACGCGAGUUAAACCCAAAUUCGUCAUCUUACGGCAAGAUAGAAUAUUCUUAAAUCGACGCCGUUUCAUUCUUUCAGAAUAUAAUGAAUAUACAUUUAAAAAGGACCCAGAAAAGUGCAAGUACGAACAUGUAUUAUAUAUAAUUAGUUAUUAUCUUAUGUAGAGUUUACACUUCGAUGACUUCUUUCUUAGUAUGUAUAGUUCAAAUAGCAGCUAUAACGUUAUCAAGAAUUUUCACAUUCAAUAAGUGGGUAAUGUUAAACAACUUUCUAAUACUUAAACAAUAGCUGGUUCCAAGACAAAAAUAAAAUAAAAAAAGUUGUCAAAACUAUCAAUCUGUGAGAGUGUAGCUUUAAUACUUAAACGUUCAAUGGCCAUAAAGGGAAGGUUUUGCAAUCUUAUUUUGAAUAUAGCUUUUUCCACAAUGCGAACUAAGCUUGUUUUAAAUAUCCAGCGAUAUGAUUUGCAUAAAUACACUCAAAGAUGAUAGUAUGGAUGGUUCAAUAAUAUAAUAAAAACCGAUAAAUAAAAGGAAAUCAGGCUCAAAACGUUAAUUGAAACACGAAUUCACUGAAAGAAGAGUGGAAUGGUGGCUAUGGUAAUAACCUCAUAGUAUAUAUUCUUACUUUGCAUCCCUUAUAUGCUAAGUAACAUUAAAGACAUAAAUAUU